AAUGUCCAGUAGUACUUUUGACGACGUUUUGACGUCUCUCCAAAGUGUUCAAGAUAGUACAAAAUUACUUAAGCUUCUCAUUGAAGUAAGAAAAAGAGUGGAUGUCGACUGUGCCAAGAACAAUGACAACAUUACCAAAAUCCGAGAAAGGGGUAGUUUCAAACAAAUUAUUUCAUCCCUUCAGACGUCCAAAAAAGGAAUAAUUAACGUCUCUUUGAGCAUCCUGGGUAACUGUUGUCUGGACGCAAGAUGUGCGAGAGAUGUGGUGACGCAAUAUGGCAUUUUAUCAAAUCUCAAUCAGCUUCUGAAACGGUACCCCAAGGAAGACAGCAUAAACGGACGCGUGUUUAGAAUUGUAGGCAACUUGUGUCAGCACAAGGAUCAAUGGACUAAAGUUAUUAUGGAUAAGAAGCCACAGAUUGUAAUACAUAUUGUAAAAGUUUUGAAAGAUUCGGUGGAAGAAGAGAACGGGAAAGUAUCAGAGGCCACAGUGAAAAUGGGAGUAAGAUCUCUAAGAGAAUUAUUGUCUCGAGAAACGCUUGAAACGUUGGUUGAGACAUAUGGGGUCCUCAAAACUGUGGGGAUGUUACUUAUUAAGUAUGGUACUAUUUGGCAAGCUACUAAACAAGGCGAUGGAGUUGUUCUGAACAUCAUCAAGCUUUUACAUGAAUAUUCGCGGUACAGACAUUAUCCAUCAAUUUUAGAGAUGAGAAACACCAGCAAGGGCGAUUCCAUUGCCUACCUCAGCAAAAUUCUCCUUGUGUCCCCGCGACAAGUAGUCAAAAUAGUGAUGAAUUUCUUAAGAAUCAGCCAGCUCAAAUCCGACUUGCCGGUCCCUGAAAUUUUCGAUAGUUUUGUGAAAGUACUCCGCGAUGAAUCCAUCAUUGAAGAAUUUAACUCGACGUGCGAAGAAUGUAUUAAAUGUCUUUGCUAUUUACUUGACCAUCCAGGGAACAGAGAAAAUGAAAGGUGUGGUGAAAGUAUCCCACUCCUGAUAACUGUAUUACAGGGUCUAACUUUUGAGAACAAUAGAAAAAUUGAGUGUUCUUUGUUGAUUAUGUCAACACUGGGCAAGUGCAGGUAUAGCAGUAAUUUAAUUGCUGCUCAGAUUAAAUGUAACGCUGUGACAGUAUUAACUGAGAAACUGAAGUUGAUAGUUGGGGCCGUUCAACCACUGAAUCUUACUCAUAAGUGUAACAAAAAAGAAAAAACUAAUCUUAUUGCCAGAUUUAAAGGAGUCAAAAAAAUUAAACUGUCUGAUGAUUGUGACAAUGAACGUGAAAUUAUAUCGUCCUCAAGUAGUACCGAAGAAUUUGAUCAAUUAUAUUCAAGCAAUGUAAGAUAUGACUUUAGUCCAGCGUCAAGCAACGAUUCAGAUGUAUUGUCAUGUACGUCUGGAUUAUCCCCACAAUCUAGUCCCCGUUUUCAGUUUUCUGAAAUUUCAGGAUCCGAUUCUGACGACUACUCUCCCGUGUGUAGCGAAGUUGACCCUAAUGACUUUUCCUUGCCGCUUGUAGAAGAUGACUGCACUAAUCCAGAACCAGAACCAAAGAAUUCAGACGACAUUCCAGACAACCCAGAAGACUUACAAAGUUUUAGUGUGGAUUCAUAUACUGUAAAACAGAUUAAAAAAAAACUUAUAAUUGAAAUACUUGAUCUACUCAAAACUUAUGUCAAGAUAAAACCUCCCAUAACACAGUUGGGAGCGCCAGAACUUUUGCUGGGACUUAUCAAAAGUUCGGGAUACUUUGAUUGGGGACACACGUCAACAAUUUUAAAUAUUGUGGAAAUCGUCGAAAAAAUAUUUGAAUCCCACGAUUAUUUAUUACCUCUAAUGAAAACCGACUUCAUUCCCGCCGUCUACGAUCGUGCCAAAACUCUACGUAACGCUUGGUGUUCGAAAUGUCGCGACUUCCAAUGUAUCAGCAGCAUCAUCAUUAGAAAAAUAACUGAACUAGCUGAAUCAGGUGGUGGAAAAGGCGACAUAGCUCACAAAUUAUUACGUGGAGACAUUGAAACAAAACAACAGUUGACACUAGUCAUACCCUAUAUAAUAAGGGACAGAAGUAUUCUGGUGAAACUCAUGCUCAACUGCGGUGGUCUUGAAAUCCUCAUGCAACUCCUCAAUGACGACUCGCACUUACAGAACAAAAGCAUCAAAGUGUUGUGCGUCCUUGCAUCACAAAAACUUGGCAUUCCAAACCCCCAGCAAGUGUCCAGUUCAUAUAAAUCCAACUUGAUCGACAACGAACCUCCCAUGUCUUCUACUCUCGUCACGUUCAAAUUAGACGACGGUAGUUUGGUCCGCGCAGAUCGAGAUCUGCUGAGCAAGAACUCGGACUUUUUCGCGCGACUUUUGAACGGCGCUUUCAAAGAGUCGUGUCAAGACGUGAUAACCUUGCCUAACGUGACGAAUAAAGCGCUGGAAUACUUGCUGCAAUUUAUAAAAUGUGAUAUAGAUAAGACUAAAAUUGUUGAUAUUGAACUGGACUUGGAUACACACCUUGAUGUGAUUGGUCUGUGCGAUAGAUUUUUAAUGGAAGAGUAUAGGGUUUAUUUAACGGAUUGUGUGGAGAAAUUUAGACUAAGAUGGGAUACUAUUCCAACAAUUUAUAAUUGGUCGCUGGAAUCGCGAACGAAUUUGUUGAGGGUGGAGUGCAUUGCGUUUGCUUUGGUUGGCAAUAUUGUAGACAGGGAAAGGUUUGAAAUGUUCAAAAAUUUGUUUGAACUGGGUUUUACUGAAGAGUUAUUAGGAGAUAUUAAGGAGUUACUGGUCAGGUAUAUGACUGUAAAUCAAUUCUGCUAUUGCAAGAGGAAAAAGGGAAGAUCAUGUGAUGAAACGCUUCGCUGUAUUUAUUAGAUGUAUGUAUUUUUUAUAUGUAGAAAAUAGGUGUCCAAUAAAUGUUCAUUUUGAA